AUGCUCUUGAAAGGUCGUAAGAGAUUCAGUGCUGAUCUUCACGACCUGCACACGACCUGCCCAUCUGACCUUGAUAGGGGAACGUGGUCUGCGCAAAGUUUCAGAGCAGGGGAUGACGAUGGUUCAGUAGAGUUCGACCUGAUAGAAUCUAGAGAUCGGACAAGGAUAGUGAUGCAUCUUCUGUGUUCUGACACCUCAGAGUACCCCAACACUCACUCAUUCUUCUGCCAUUCCCCAGAAUCUGGGAGUUAUGGGGAGCAGGUGAAGGAGAUGUGUGACGGAGUUCUCAAUGACAGUCCACGUACGAUCCACGACGUGGCGAGGCAUUUCUUGAUUAGUAUUUCUGGUGACGAUGACAGCGAAGAUGACCAAAAUUACGAUGUGAUCGAGGAUGAGGAUAUGAGCACGUUCACCAGACCACAGAUAUCUCGCUCGGUCUUGCGCAGAGACUUCGAAGGCACUCAUGCAGCAGGUUAUACACCAGGAGCCAUUUGGAGUGGCAGCAGCGAGUUCUUCUUGACAAUCUCUGUCCCUGUGGUGGAAUUAACUGAUAAAAUUCCCGCCCACGUCCUGAUGUCUUGGGAUAGCCAAUUCCUACUUCCUCGCCAGCAUCUCGUGUUGCUCAUCUCUGGAUUCCGGGGCAUCUAUCCGCCUGUUCAGAGCGAUGGGACACUCUCCCCUGCUGCAAUCCGUUCUUGCACCUCAUUGAAAUUUUACGUCGGCCUUUCUCGAAAUUACAAGCCGUCGAAAGGGCACGUUAUCGCUUUACUCCGCCGAUACGGUCUCCAUUCCGACCAGCAGAAUGGUGUUGAAGAUGGCACGAUCGAAGAACACAUCGACAUUGAGAUGGAGUCUGAAACAGAGGAUGACGGCACCUUUGACAAGUUUAGUUUGACCAGCUCGCUUGAAUCAUUAUUUAAUGAGCACUUUCUUCAACUGCUCCGAGUUCGACGACAAUUCAAACUCGGAUGGGCUGCAGCUGAAGAACUCCACUGGAGAUCGCAGGAACUUCAGAGAACGCCUGCAGUUCUUGUGAAGGAAAUGCAGGAGGAACUUCGUCAAGCUGAGCAGGAAGAGCAACGUCUAGGUGGCUCCCGCUACUUACCGCAUGAUCCCUUGGAAAAUCAAGAUGGUCAGAUCAACUUACUCGAGACUGCUUUUGCGUACCUUCUCCGUCGAUUCACACUAUGCAAUCGUUAUUGUGUCGUCUGUCACAAGAAACUCGAUACCCUGUUCGAGGCGCUAAAGCCUUAUGUUUGCGACUCUGGUUUGUGUGCAUAUCAAUAUUAUAGCCUCAACUUUGGGCCCUCCCUAGAGUAUGAUAUCUGCAAGAAUACUGAGAUGGUAGAUCUCCUGGUUUCCCUCACUUAUGUUGCUGCCGCAGAACAGGUUCUUGACGAGCCCCUUCCGCGUGGCUUAUCGUUGAAGGUUCCAGACCCCAACGAUAAAAAUUCAACGCGUGAUUUCGAUAGCUUGGCAGUCAGCGAAAUGCGUAUUGCAAUCGUGCAACUCAUCGACACACUACCUCCGAUUCAGGACAUGAAGAAACACCUUGGGAAGAAAGUCGUUGCAGGGAGUAACAAGCCGAAGUUGAAGGACAUGAAUCCCAGUAUUUUGCCCGCUGCAUGGUCCAUCUUGCGUUGGUGUAUUGCCUCUUGCACGGCACAUCUACAAGAGUUAACUGAAGAGGAAGAUCAAGUGCAGAACAUAGGCUCGCAGUGGAAACAAUUCCGCUUCAUUGUCGGAGCCCCUGACAAAGAAGCGAAGUUCAAAUAUGCCUUGGAGCAGGAAACACGCGGAGAUUCUAAUGCGAAGAAUCACCCCACGCUCUAUGCUUUCCAUGGCUCACCUUUGAAGAACUGGCAUUCCAUCAUACGGCACGGACUAUGGUAUAAGACGGUGACACAUGGCCGGGCACACGGAGAUGGUGUCUACUUUGCCAGAGACGGCGUAAUUUCGAUGGGAACCUAUGCUGCGGGUGGCGCACAAUCCUGGAAGAAUAGCACGAUUGCUCCUACAGCUUGCGUAGCUCUCGCGGAGAUAAUCAAUCUCCCGAAAAGAUUUACCUCGUGUAACCCGUAUUAUGUGGUCAAGCAAACGGAAUGGAUUAUGUGUCGAUAUUUGCUAGUCAAUACAAUCGACAGAUCACACACUGAGAAUGGAUUUCCUGGUAUUGACACCACCAUCCCUGCCACUCCUACCAAAUCGAAGGUCCGAAAUGUUCCUUUUAUCCAACACGAGCCAGAUCGUCGUCCCCUACUUAUGAAUAGCUAUGUCGAGAUCCCACAGCCUUCUUACAAACUUGAGAAACUUCUCAGGCUUUGCCAGGACACAUACGUCCCUCCUAACCUUGAUGAGGAUGACAGCGCUGUAUUUAACGCGCCAGAUGAAGAGGAGGAGAGCAUUGCACCACACGUCAACGGAAAACCAAAGCAAGAUUGGAUACAUGAUGCGAGUUGGGUGGAGAAGAAUAUUGGCCUCUUGCUGCCUCCGCCUGUCGAUUCAACUCCAGGAGCGACGAUGGCACUCCAGAAAGAGUUCAGGGCGAUGAUGAAAGAACAGGGGAGCGCGGAGUCACUUGCUACUUUGGGAUGGUACAUGCCUCCAGAGUGCAAUGAGAACUUAUUCCAGUGGGUAGUGGAGAUGCAUUCAUUUGAUCCUGAUCUGCCUAUUGCGAAAGAUUUGAAGUCAAAGGGCGUCAAUUCGCUUGUUUUUGAGAUACGUUUCCCGCCGACGUUCCCUCAUUCUCCUCCGUUCUUUCGACUUGUGAUGCCUCGGUUCCUUCCUUUCAUGCAGGGUGGAGGUGGACAUGUUACUGUUGGGGGCUCUAUUUGCAUGGAUCUUCUAACUUCAGCUGGAUGGCUUCCAAGUUACAACAUCGCAUCCGUGCUCUUACAGAUCAAGCUCGCCAUCUCGAGCACUGACCCCAAACCCGCGCGGCUAGCCCAAGAUUGGGAACAACCGUAUCAUCCACAGGAGGCGUUGUCGGGGUAUACGAGAGCGGCAGCUAUGCAUGGUUGGAAGGUACUUUCAUACAUUGUUUUCCAUCAUGCCUUCUAA